AUGCCUUCGAAGUUUUCAUGGCACAAGUCGAAUCGCGCACACUCGUCCACCGAGAGUUCUGGCCAUCCCUCUCCCGUGCCUUCUGUGAACAACGAAGUCGCGCCCCAACAACAACAACAACAACAUCAACAAGCUCCUUCCCCUAAUAAUCAACAGCCCCAAAUACAGCAGAUUUCUCAGACCGCGAACGAGACUGCGUACGGUCACCAAUUCCCCCAACGCGCCACGAGCCACCGUCACUCGACCCACCUUUCCCUCGACCAGACGGCGCAGCACGUCCAGGGCGGACCUCCUUCCGCAGGCUCUCAACACUCGCCGAGCAUUGAACAGCGACGUGGUUCCUACCAGCCUCAGUCAACGCCGUACGGGCACCACGAGGGGCACAAGAAGUCGUUGGGCAGUCGCAUCACGGCUCGGCUGACUGGUCAUAGCAAAGACGCUGACGAUCACGGUCGGCACUCGAACAAGAACGGUCUUGGACGACGCGUCUCCAUCAGGAGAAGCGACGGCCAGCCAGACAUCUAUUCCCAAGGCCACGACAGGUUGCAGGCCGGAAAGUGGAAUCAAAGGCAAGGCUCGAGUGCCCAUCUGCCUACUUCGACGGAGCAGGACGAAAGCAACCUGGACUUGGAUCCCUUCCUGCAGCAAGAAGACGACGAGACCCCAGAGCCCCCGCCAAAGGACAUUCAAUACCAACAGCAUUCGCAGCAGUACGAUCGGCCCCCACUCGCUAGAGUGGAAACCGAAGGGAGCUAUCACGGCCAGGGCGGGGUAGAACAACAACAACACUACAGCCCCGACCAGCAGGGUGCGCCGACACCACAACAACAAUACCAGAGCUACCAGCCGCCUGCCUUGCAACAACAGCAGUCGGCAACCGAGUACCAGGCCUUCCAUCCGCAGACGACGCCUAGCCCGCACCCCAGCAACGCAUCCCACGAGCUGACCCAGUCGCAGCAGAGCUACUAUCAGUAUCUACAGCAGCAGCAGCAACCAAUACAGCAACCACACCUCCAGCAGCAGGCUGUUCAAGACGGCCAACCACCCUCAGUUCAUUACCAACAGCAGUAUCCGCCUCUGGCUCCUCCACAACAAGGUCAAGACUUUCCCAACACGCACGCCCAAGACGUUCCUCCGCCCUCGCAGCAUCAGGAACUCCACCUAGGCCAUACAGUCCGUGCUCUCUCCCAGAAUCGUCCCACUGAUAGCCCACAUCCUCAGCAGCUUCGUCCUCCCUCGUCGCAGCAACUGGCCCCGCCAUCGCCCGUACAGCAGCCCCCUCCAUACCAGGCUUACGACUCCCAGCAGCAGACUCAUUCCUCUCAAACGGUCGAGGCCCACCCGGAAAACGCAACGCAGCAAGGGCAGGACAGCAUGCCUCCAGGCCAGCAGCGUAACACGCUGCGGAAGGUCAAUGAAACGGGCGGCCCUCCCCCAGGCGCACCUUCUCGAGAGUCUUCAUUGCUACAGCAGCCGUCAGCCAAAGGUCAGAAUCAUGGGAAGCCGCCGGUUUCACCUGGAAUUGCCACGUUUGGGGCUAACGUCGUGCCAACAGCUUCUCAAGGGCAGCCAUAUCGAGGGGAAGCCCAAGGUCAGCAGGACCAGGUGAACGAGAUGGGCCGAGCGACGCCUGUACCUCGCUCUACGAGCGAUAUAUCUGAGGAGGAAGUGGCCAAGCUUCGCAAUGACUUGGAGACCCUACGUGAGUUUCUUGGGCGGGAGCUAACCGUGAUAGGCGAAAAAUAUCAAAAGGUGAAGAGGUACUUUUUUGACAAGGAGGCGCAGGUGCACGCGCUGCAAAAUACUCUCGCAAACCAACGGUUGUCACUCUCUCGCACGUCAAUGGAUGAUAGCGAGUACGCCACCCGCUUCAACAGACUGGACGGGCUGAUAGCACAGCUGUCGUUCGCUAUUCGCAAGGAGUGGAAGUCGAUCCCGCCCUGGUUGCAGACUGUAGUGAACAAGAACGCGGUCGAGACCGGUAAGCAGGAGAUGACGGCUGUGGGUCGAGCAUUCAUCUCAUCGUGGCUUGUCGAGAACAUCUUCGACAAGUAUUUCCAUCCAGACUUGGAUCCCGGUCUGUCGACUCAGUUGAAGACCAUUCAACUGAACAUCCGUAAACUGUCACCGCCUUGCCACACGACAGAGGACGAAGAGGCUCUGGUAGCAAAGGUGGUGAACUGGCGCCUGGCGACGCUGGAGGGCCUUGCCGAAAUGCUACGCUCGCCUCAGUCCCACACCAACCGUCAGAAUCUCAUUGAGACUCUUAACGAGAGCCUGAUAGGCUCUCUGCAGAUGUACCUGAACGACCCUGCACCUCCAGAUCUCAACGGCGGUGUACCCAUGAUAAUCGAGCUCGCCGUCAAUGUCGCUCAACAUCUCCCCCUUGAGAGUCGUGAGGUACACAUCGAAUACUUCCCACCGGGCCAUGGCCUUGUCUCGGAUUACAUGAAGGUAGAGACGGGAAUACCGGCUCUGACGAGUCCGAUCCUGGAGUUUGAGGACGCAGCUUCUAUGAGGAGUGUAGCCAUGGACGAUGCUUCUUCGCUCGCAGAACAGCAGGACGGGCAAGCUCAGCAGAGCGACCAACCUCCCAAGGAAGGCGGCGCCAGCGAGAAGAAACGGGGCAUGUUCGGUUUUGGCGGUGCAAAGAAGCCUGCACAAUCCCUCUCCCAGCGCGACAAGCGCGAAUCUUCGCUCGGCCAGGGCGGAAGUCAGCAGAGCCUCCAGACUCCGAAUCAGAAUCCGCCGGGGACCUCCAGCGGUGGAAGAGGAGAGGAGCAGCAGGCGCCGAGGGUGAGGAUGGCGGUGGGUCUGGCGGUGCAGAUUAGGGGGAAGAGCAUCUUGAUUAAGGCGCCUGUGUAUAGCACGUGA